CCCCGAUCUUCCUUAAAUUUUGGAUUUCACGGCAACCACUUUUUAUCUACAACCUCCACCAAAAAAUGUCUGUCAACCUCGGCACACUCGAAGCUCACCUCGCUACCCGCUCCUACGUUGAAGGCUACACCCCUUCCCAGGCCGAUGUGCACGUCUUCAAGGCUAUCUCUGCCGCCCCUGAUGCUGCUGCCAACCCCAACGUAGCCAGGUGGUACAAGCACAUCCAGUCCUACGCCGCUGAGCACGACAGCCUUCCCGGAUCCAGCAAGGCCGGCGAGGCAUUCUUCGGUGAUGCCGCCGCCGCUCCUGCCAAGGAGGCUGCUGCUGAGGACGACGAGGACAUCGAUCUCUUUGGAUCUGACGAUGAGGUUGAUGAGGAGGCCGAGAGGAUCAAGGCAGAGCGUGUUCGUGAAUACGAGGCUAAAAAGGCCAACAAACCCAAGACUGCAGCCAAGUCUGUUGUCACUCUCGAUGUCAAGCCCUGGGAUGAUGAGACCGACAUGGUCGAGUUGGAAAAGUCCGUCCGCUCCAUCGAGCAAGACGGUUUGCUCUGGGGCGCCAGUACUUUGGUCGCUGUUGGUUUCGGUAUCAAGAAGCUCCAGAUCAACCUUGUUAUCGAGGACGACAAGGUCUCGCUCGACGAGUUGCAGGAGAAGAUUGCCGAGUUCGAUGACUACGUCCAGAGCACUGAUAUCGCUGCCAUGCAGAAGUUGUAAAUGAAAAAUCGUCGUGUUGCUGCACUGAAUGUAUAAUACGUCAAACCAAUCCACGGAACUCUUUUUGGGUCUUAUCUGCGAAAUGACUUUCGGCCCUGCACAA